UUCUUACACAGUUAAGAGUGAGCCUUCACUAGCCGUCUGUGUGAAUGGCAUCUAGUCUCUGAUGAGUGGGACUUAUGCCCCCGUUCUAAAAUUACGACUGCGGCACACACGUGUUUGGCAGGCGUGGCAGUGAACAUGCUGGUACACACUUGAGAGCUCAGGAGUGUCUGGGUAUUUAACCCCCAACACCACCCACCACUCUGGUUCAUAUGAACAGAGUCCGUGUCUGCCUUGACACACUCUGCAGACACUGCCCUGAAGAUUGCGUACGGAUAUACCUUUUUACGGAUUACACUUUUGGGUAGACAGCACUUUAUCUGAGCUCAGGUAACUGUUUGGGAGGCCUACCGCGAGAGAGGACUCAUACAAAAUCUGUCUGGUCUUAAGUUAAGAGCUACGACUAAACUCAAACUGGGAGCUCCGUCAUGGUUGGGAAGAUGCCAACAGAAGCUGUUCCUACAGCAGCAGUGAAGUUUUUUGGGGCUGGAACUGCAGCCUGCAUCGCUGACUUGAUCACCUUCCCUUUGGACACCGCCAAAGUGCGGCUUCAGGUCCAGGGAGAGUCCAAACCCAGCGAUGGGAGGAAGAGACAGAAGUACAGGGGUGUGUUCGGCACCAUCAGCACCAUGGUGAAGACGGAGGGGCCAAGGAGCCUGUACAGUGGCCUGGUGGCAGGGCUGCAGAGGCAGAUGAGCUUCGCUUCCGUGCGCAUUGGACUCUAUGACUCAAUGAAGCAGUUCUACACCCGCAGGUCUGACCAGACUGGCAUCUCUAUCCAGCUCAUGGCCGGAUGCACGACUGGUGCCAUGGCUGUGGCCAUUGCUCAACCCACAGACGUGGUCAAAGUGAGAUUUCAGGCUCAAGUCAAAGGUGCCGAUGGCCUACAGAGGUACAGUGGCACCAUUGAUGCCUACAAGACCAUAGCAAGAGAUGAGGGAGUCAAAGGCCUCUGGAGAGGCUGCUUUCCAAAUAUCGCACGCAACUCUAUAGUGAACUGUACAGAGUUGGUGACCUAUGACAUCAUCAAGGAACUCAUUCUGAAGCAUCACCUGCUGUCUGAUGACUUUCCCUGCCACUUCACGGCUGCCUUCGCUGCUGGGUUUUGCACCACCGUGGUGGCCUCCCCUGUGGACGUGGUGAAGACCAGGUUCAUGAACUCCUCCAGCGGCAAGUACAGCGGGGCUGUGAACUGUGCCAUCGCCAUGCUGAAGAAGGAAGGACCCACCGCCUUCUAUAAGGGGUUUGUGCCUUCUUUUCUGCGCCUGGGUUCAUGGAAUAUUGUGAUGUUCGUCUCUUAUGAACAAAUCAAGAGGACUGUGACCAGGGCCCAGCAGACUUGGGAGUCCCCAUUCUGACCUCACACACACCUGGGUUGUGUUCUGUCCUUUCCAAGUCAUAUAUGACAAGAUAUAUGACAUGUUCCUCUGUGUGCUGCCAUGGCAACCUAAACAACCUAAUCACUGACUGCCUGGUGUUUGGGAGUCCAGUGUCAAGCCUUUCUCUCUGUGGAGAGUGUCAUAUGGAUCCGUACCUCAAAGUCUUAAUGAUAUGGUCUGUUUAGAAGAAAGACUAAAACUAUCACAUUCCCUGUAAUUGCACUGUUAAAGAUAAUAUUUAUGUGAUUAUUUGUGACAGUUGUAGCUGUGAUUAUGCAAAAUGCUGUGACAAUUCCUUGUAAAGUUCCAUUAUAUGGUCUUCGAUGCAACAGCGUUCAUUAUGGGUUAUAUAGGCCCAUAUGACAUUAAAGACUGAUUCAUUUCUUUCCUUUGAUAGUGAAGUCUAAAUCUUGUAAAAGAGGUCUUUGUGGGUUUGAAACAGACAUUAUUUAUUGAGAAAAUGACGACACGGUGGAUCACACUAUUGUGGUGCAUGUUGCUUGUUCUCUAUAGUAGGUCAGGUUAAGCCGACCCACACUGACUCCCAUAAUGACACCCAUACAUCCUGUGCCCUUUGGGCUGGUGAUAUAGAUACUCUUUAAGCCACUGUAAGAAGCUAAUAUUAACACGCUGUUGCUAGAUCUCAAAAGCCAAGCCCCGUCUUCAUAAAUGGACCCUUUUUAAGUUACUAUCUAUCCAUUACGAUUCUUAUCGUUUCUUCCCAUCAACGGGAGUAAAACAUACUCUUA